AUGUCCUCCGCCUCUCGGCCGUCCACUGCCCUCACCAUCACCGCCGUCACCGUCCUCGGUGGCCUGGUCGCGUAUGCCGUCUGGUUUGACCACCGGCGGCGAAAUGACAAGGACUUCCGCAAGAAGCUGCGGAAGGACAAGAAGAAGGUGACGAAGCAGACACAGCAGGACCAGUCCGCCUCUGCCAGUGUCUCUGGCCUCGGUUCCAUCAACGUCAGUCCUGAGGACAUCAAGGCUCAGAUGGUCAAGAUCGGGUCGGAGGAGCCACCAGCCACCCCCCAGCAGAAGGAGGUCUACUUCAUGGCUCAGAUCGAGGCAGGCGACCAAUUCGUGGCGCGAGGUCCCUUGUUCUUCGUGGAUGCCGCCGCGUGCUUCUACCGCGCCUUCCGUGUCUAUCCCUCUCCCGUGGAGUUCAUCAUGAUGCUUCAAAACCAGCUUCCCCAGCCCAUCUUCGAGCUGUUCAUGCAAUUCGUCAACGCGGAUGUGAGUAUCUCGCAUUCGGAGAAUGAGCACGAGGAGCAUGCGGAAGAUGUAGAGACGAGCCCGACGCGCUCCGGACCCCCAUCCGAGACGUCCUCACAAGAGUGGGACCAACUCACGGACCCGGGCAGUUAUUAUGAGUUCUUCCCAGGAAAGGCGAUGAACGUUGCCAUCGAGUCGGCUUCAUCGGAGGAAGACAAACCCCCGAAGAAGAUCCUUGUGGCGAAGAAGGACUUCAACGCUGGCGAUGUCAUUUACACCGAAACGCCGAUGAUCUCUGCUCUGGACGCUGAUCUUGAAGGCAAGCACUGCGCGCACUGCUUCAAGCCCGUGGACGAAGCCUCCCUCGCGUCACCCUCCAUGGACACGUAUAAUGUUGCCUUCUGCUCCCAGACAUGCCGCGCCAAGGCCCACCGGCAGUGGUACAACUUCCUGCACGGCUCCGACCCCAUCCUUCCCCCGAGCUUGCGGAAGGCGCGGACGGCGUACGCGACAUGGCUCAACGGUGCGGACGACAAGCCUCCCGUCAAGCGUGCGCACGUCCUCGCCGGCCGCUUCCUCGCGAAACAGGUCGCACUCGAGACGGGCAAGCUCCUCCCCGGGGGCGCGGCGGACCUCGAGGCGGAGCUCCACCGCAUCGCGGACGGCAAGGACCGGUACGGCGUCGGCGACCACAUGGAGCGCCUGCGCUUCCUCGAGGGCAGCGUCACGGAUCAGGAGGUCGACGUACUCAAAAACGUGCUCGCGUCGGCGCUGCCCGGCUUCGAGAACGCGAUGGAGACCGGCCGGCACGCGAUGCUCAUCGGCAAGCUCUCGUACAACGCGAUCGGCAUCACCCCCGACGGCGGCAGGGAUGACAAGCCUGCGCCAACCGAGCGUCCUGAGGACCAAGAGCGCACCCGCACGCCGCACGGCACCUCGCGCCAGCUCGGUGCCGGCCUGUACCUCGUCUCAUCUUACCUCGCACACUCCUGCGACCCGUCCACCCGCCCGGUCUUCGCCCCCGGCUCGACCGACCUCAAGCUCGUCGCCACGCGCCCGAUCAAGGCCGGCGACGAGCUCACGAUCGCCUGGGUCGACGUCCAGCGCCCCGCCGAAGAGUCCGCGGAGCUCGCGCGCCGCAUGCGCCGCAUCGAGCUCGCCCGGGGCUGGAGAUUCAAGUGCGAGUGCUCGCGCUGCCUCACCGAGACGCUGGCGGAGCUCGCCGUGGAGGACGACGCCGCGGAGGGCGCGACCGCCGCCGUUGCGGAGGAGGACCUCGGCAUCACGGGCGACGAGAGCGUCACCGAGAACGUCACCCGGCACGAGGGUCGCACCGCGGGCGAGCCCACGGGGCUGUCGAUGAUGGGUGGGCCGGAGAUGGGCCCGGACUAG